AUGUGGACGGGUUCAGAGACUGUCUCGAGGAAAACUCUAGCUGGAGGAAAGACGCCUUUACUUACCAGAGUCGUGCAUCGGUUCCAGCCUCCAGCAACCCGCUGCCCCAUCCCACGAAUGCACACUGCGGUUCCCCUAGAGUGUGCAAUGCGGAGCCCAGCCAGCGCGCGGCCGGAGGCCGGGAGGGGAAAGGAGGGGAGGGGGAGUGAAGAGGAGGGGAGCGGAGCCCGUGGAGGCGGGGGGCGCGGGAGGAGAGGGUGGGGGGCUGUAAGGGGCACGCGCUGUCACUCCCACUUCGCCCCCUACUUCCAGAGAUGGAACAUUCAGCUGGCCAGCUUUCCAGCCUCUCGAUUGCUCGGGGCCAAUCACCAAGCGGCUGGAGAAGCCGAGCCCACCACCGGGCUUUCUUAUUGGCCCGGGCCAACAAAACCCAACUCCUGAAUAGUCAGCUGGGGAAAUCAAAGUAAACUCGAGCUUCUGGACUGCGAGCUCCAAGUGCCUUUGGGUCCCGGGGCAGUUUGGGGAAGGGUUUCAAGGUUGCAUUACUCCUUCCUGUGUGGAGACUAUCCUUACUCAUUCAGUACCUCGACCAAGUGCCUUUGGGAAUCUUCGGGAAACGGUAGAGCAUCAGGAAAACCACGCGCUGUCAGGGAAACCACUCGUUUGAGAAACAGGCACUUGACGAAAUCCCAAUUUCACUUAAGUUGAUAUAACUAAAAUUCACUGAACAUAGAAGAGUGCGUGCAGAGGAAGCAGUUCCAGUUGCAGACGCCGUGGGCACGGUCAAGACCGGUUUAUUUUUACAAUUAUCACAUAGAAGCGAUGGGAUACGGUGUGUUUGCUGGGGAGGGGGUGACACCAGACAGGAGAGCUGGUGAAAAGCAUUUAUUGAUUAGGAAACUAGCAGCUGGGGGCAGAGGUUGGCUUUCUCCCUCCCGCCUCCCUGGAGGCCACGCACAACCCUCCUCCAAAUAAACUUGGCACAGUCUUCUCGCGCUGGAUUUUCACCUCGAUGUUGGAAAUCAUUUUUUCCUCCCUCCAGUUUGCCAGUGUGGAGCCCAGACCCCGUAUAGUUGAGCCGUGUCUGAACAGAGACCUCCCGGAGGGGCUGAGGACCUUCUUGAAGUUAACGAGAUCUCUUAUCCUGCCCCGCCCAACGAAUGAGCCCUGGUGAAACUAAUAGAAAGUUUUAGGGAAGGGCUGAAGUGAAUCCCCAGAAGGAACUGACUUGGGAAAGCUGAAAGCUGGAGGAAGGUCAGCACAAAGGAGGCGGACCUGCUGUUGGCUGGGUUGAGUGGUAGUCAGAGAACUCAGCAGGUCCCCUAUCAUUCAAUCCUUUAAGCUAUUUACAGAGUUUAUGGAGGAAGACAUUCUCUCUUUAACCAGACACGGAAUCAUAGAAUAUCAAAACUGCAAGGGCCUUGGAGUCCAACCUUCUCAUUUUGCAAAAGGGGAAACUGAGGUUCAGGAAGGUGGAAGGUAUUUUGCCCAAGAUACACAGCUAAAAAGCUGCAAGGCUGAGUCUUUUUAAAAGUCCAGGGCUCAUGCUUCUUUUUGGCCCUCUUGUUGUCCCUAAAUAUUCCAAUUAUUUCCCUUCUCUUCCCUGGAAUUGAUGGAAAUAAGUUAGAUUCAGCAUUCAUAAGAAGGAAAAUUAGAAGGCUGCCAAAUGGAAAACAUAAUUCUUUGAUUCAAUAAAUAUGCUGGGGAGGGGGAAGCUCCUAAUAACCUGCAAGAGAGAAGGAAAGAAUAUUAUAUGAUACUGUCUAUUAAAAUAGAAGCUCACUGAAAUCAGGGGCUUGGUAAUCUAGUGCCUGUCCAAUGCCUUACCCAGGAUCAAGGUGAAAGUAGGCAAGAAUUAUUACCUGGAAGCAUAGUACUAAUGAAACCAAAGUCAAGGAUAGCCUUCCUCUUAAUGCUCAAUUAGUUUCCUACAAAUGAAAAAUUUUAUUGUAUUGUUAGGCCAAAAAAGAAAAAAAAAACUAUACGGCCUGCCUGUCCCACAAAUGUGCAUAGUUCUUUGGUCACAAGAGAGAUGAAGUGGAAGCAUUUGAAGGGUUCUACAAAACUCAUCAUUAUCUUUGGGAAACAGCUAAAUUACUUCUUUUGAAAAUUAUUUAGUAUACUGUAAUUGUAUUUUUAAAAGUAUUCUGUCCUGAAAAGUUCUAGUAAGUUGAACAUUGGUUUUCAGGACUCACACAGCAACUUGGGUCAUGUAUUUAAAGACUGCUAUUAUAUGAAACCUAUAAUACUUUUGUUCUUUUCAUGUGAAAUAGCAAACAGGUAUGUCAGACAUUGUGCUAAGACAGAUAUCGGGGAAAUUCUUAGAGUCACAAAAUACUGGAGUUCCAUUUGCUAUUUAAAAGGUCUAGAAAAUAAGGAAUUCUUCCUUUUUUUUAAUUUUUAGGCAAUUGGGGUUAAGUGACUUGCCCAGGGUCAC